CAUCGCAAGGUCUUCAUCAACGCCUACCAAAUAGUUAUAUAAUAAUCAUCAUGGGGUGUUGCACUUGUGUUACAAGACCAAGUAUGUGCAUUUCCAUAUUCAUUACUGGCUAGUCUCGGUCCAUAUACUUUCUGGCUAUUUCUCGUUAGGAAGUAGGAUCUGCUGCAAAGUAACUGAAAUCAUAGGCUCACAGCAGUUCCAGUCUCCAGAGAUCCUUUUAGAAAAGCACAUAUAUUGGUAUUUGAAGGGCACUCUAUCCAACAUAAAAGGGGCAUAAAUUAUGAUUAACCAGGAGAAGGAGGAGCACCAAGUUGAGAUAAGCAGCACUAUCCCAUUUGAAGUGCAACUUUCAAGUGAACGAUCUUCAGGAGCAAUAACAUUCAUGGAAGUAUGGAAUAUGAUAACAAAAACAUUCAUGGAAUUAUGGGAUAUGAUAACAAAAACAUCCAUGGAAGUAUGGAAUAUGAAAUUUGUAAUUUCAUAUGUCAUUGGACUGAUAAUAGAUCCUCUGUUCUUGUACAUACCUUCCAUCGAUUAUGAUGAUAUGUGCAUUCGAUUUGAUGAAGAUAUGGGGUUUGGAAUUACUAUUUUGCGAUCACUUAUUGAUCUCACUUUCAUAGUAUAUCAAGUCUGGCGAUCUUGGAAAAAGAAUCCCUUAAAAUCACAUCUUAUAAUUAACAUUCUCGCCGUUCUUCCCAUUCCACAAGUGCUACUGGCUCUUCAUUUCAGAAUGGGACGUGGUGGAGAGUUGAAUGAUAUAUAUGUUGCAAAUUUCUUUCUUGCUGCCCAAUAUGUACCAAGGGUCUAUCGACUUGUACUACUCUUUAAACCGUACCGAGAGACAGUCAUGUAUGGAGGUUUUCUGAGUGUUUUUAUUCUCUACUUCCUCGCUGGUCAUGUGCUAGGAGCAUUUUGGUACUUUUUUUCUAUUCAGCGAAUAAGAUCAUGUUGGUUCAAGAGCUGUAUGGGAUGUCUAAUUACGGAUUAUUGCGCUCUCAUUCCUGAAUCUAAUGUCACAAUGUUUAAUGAUACGUGCUCAAGAAAUGCUUCAACAUUUAAUUUUGGAAUAUUUCUUGAAGCUGUUCCAAGCGGUGACAAAAAAUCAACGACUCUUGAAAAGUUGUAUUUCUCUUUUUGGUGGGGCCUUCGAAAUCUAAGUAAUUUUGGCACGAAUCUACAAACAAGUUCUAACCUGUGGGAAAUUUACUUUGUAGUCGUCAUUUCUGUUGGUGGCCUUUUUCUACUGACUAUAGUUAUUGGAAAGAUGCAGAUGAUAUUGCAGUACGACGAAGAGAGACGGAGGACGUUGAGGAGAUCCAAGCAAAAAUUGGAAGUGUGGAUGGACAGAAAUGGUGUCCCUGAGAAUUUGAGGGAGGAAAUGAGAAGUAUGGUACAAAAAGUGGAAGGCAAAGACUGUAAUACGGAGGAUCUAACUGAUCUGGGAAAUCUAUUCUCCAUUCUUCCUUCUAAAACCCAAAAAACUCUGAAGCGUGAUCUCUGCAUGAGUACGCUAACCAAAGUACCACGCCUUAAAGAUAUGGAUGUGAAGGUGUUAGAAAUGAUGUGCGACUAUCUGAAGCCAGUGGUGUUCACUGAAAAUAGCUGGGUUGUUAAGAUCGACGAACAGCUUGAUCGCAUGAUACUCAUCACAGAAGGCACUAUGUUGAUCUACCCACCUAAUACUAGUACUGAUGCUACUCUUCGAGCUGCUGGAGGAGCAGAUACCGGUUCCUCAUCGAUGAUCCGCAAGCCCUCCCUUAAGAAAGGUGAUAUUUAUGGAGAUGAACUUUUGAUCAUUUGGGCAUCGUCGCCUGACAUGCAUGUAACUUUUGCGAAUCUUCCUAUCUCGAAAGAAAAUGUCAAAUGCCAUUCGAAAGUGGAAGGCUUUGCUCUCACAGCCAAUGACUUGAAGAAAGUAAUCUCGAAAUUACACUGGAAUCCCUUUAGUUCUGAUGCGGGGGAGAUGGUGCCACAAUUGGGUACGGUGGGUGGUGAUUAUGAGGAGUCUGAUCAAGACAAGGAACAAUCAGAUGGCUAAUGAAACCAUGAAUAUAAUGCUAUGAAUCCACCAACUAGUAUUUGCAUAAUGCAGCAGUGGCGCCGUUUUUUUUUUCUUUCUUUUUGGUCAGUAAUCAGUAGUGCGGAGUGUUUGUGUAUGUUUGCAUGGUUUGUAUCUCAGGUGUGAGGACUUAUUAAGAGGCGUUUUUUUUUUUCCCAAAUAAAAUAAAAGGCAUUAAUAGAAAGUCAUAGUACAUUAGGAUGACCAAGAUGGUCUAUCCUUGAUCUAAACACUGUAUGCAAGAAACGAAAUCGCAUUUUAAUAUGCACUGUCUGAUUAUAUUGACCAUGUAUAAAUGUACAAAUAAUCAGAGUUGUCACAAAUGUCG